GCUUCGCACCACUGGAGGAGAUUGUUGAUGUUAUUCUGCAAGACUUGACAAUCAUUACCGGUUUUUAUGAUAUUAUAAAGCUUAAGGUCAUUAGCAAAUAGAAGACUGUUACAAGUUACUGCUGCAGUAAUAUCGUUUUUAAAUAAUAGAAAAAGUAAAGGACCUAAAUUUGAGCCUUGCGGCACUCCGGAAGUUGGUACGAAGCUAGAAGAUAAACAGUUCCUGUAUCUAACAAAGUGUUCACGAUCAACAAGAUAGGAAGUUAAGAGAUCAAGCAGGAAGCUACUGAAACCUAUGUGCCGUAAUUUAUCGAGAAGUAUAAAAUAAUCCAUUUGGUCAAACGCCUUCUGAAAGUCCGUGUACACUACGUCGACUUGCCCAUAGUUCCACAGCGACAUCUUGAGUGAAAUGUAACAAAUUUGUCACGGUAGACCGUUUCUCCAUAAAACCAUGCUGAGUAGGCGUUAUAAUGUGUUUGAUGUUUGGGUAAAUUCUUCUGUAUAAUACAGUCUCAAAAAUUUUGGCAAAGUUAGAUAGUAGUGCGAUGGGUCUAUAGUUAUGAACAUCAGAAAUAUCACCUUUUUUAAAUACCGGGCAAAUAAUAGAUUUUUUCCAAACUGCAGGAAAAGUAGAGGUUUUAACAAUAAGAUUGAAUAAAUAAAAAAGAGGUUUGACAAAAAUAUGAGCACAGUCUUUGACGAGGAAACUUGGAAUGCCAUCAACACCAGAGGUAAACGAAUCUUUUGACCGUACUAACGCUUGGAAAAUUUCUUCUUCAGUAAUGUUAUCUAUAGAGACCGUGAUGUUAUUAAUCGGUGAGAAAGCAUCGUUUUUGUUUACAGUCUGCUUGGACUGAUUAUACACACUACUGAAAUAGUUACUGAAAGCAUUGACUAUGGAGAGCGGGUCAUGUAAUUCUUGAUUAUUGUACUUCAUAAGACCUGGGAUCCUGGUUGCACUUUUCUUUUGUUGAACAAAUUUCCAGAAAUUUUUAGGGUUGUUUGUUAAAGAUUCUUGAGUUACACGGAUAUACGUUUUGUGGGCAGAGGAUAUUAGUGAUUUGGAGCAAGAACGAUAGUGUUUGAAGAGGUUAAGAAUAUCAUCCCUUUUAGUUUUUUUGUACUUCUUGAAGUAAAAAUUCUUCUUACGGAGACAGUUGAUAAUCUCACCAUUAAACCAUGGAGGAUAGUGAUAUUUGCCGUUUUUUUGAGAUGAGUACUUCGGCACAUGUAAUGCAAAGAUGAUGUUUAGUGUGUCAUAAAACAGGGAACAUGCUUUUUCGAUGUCACUAUAAUUAUUUAAAAAACACCAGUCAAUAGAAUAAAGGGAUUGAUACAGUAGAAUAAAAUUUGCCUUUCUAAAAUUAAACGUAUCAGAAUUGCACAGCGGGAAAUUUGUUAACGUUUUAUUUUGUAGAAAAAGUUAAGUGAACAGCAGAGGUUAAAGCUCCUUACGGUUUAUAUUUCACAAAGUAUAAAAAUUUGGAUAAGGCUAUCUGAGUGAUUUUAACUCUUUUGGAACCUUCUAUCAAAUCCACACUCGAAAUGUCAAAUCGCUGCCAAAUCUCUCAAAAUUUUUCACGUUUUUCGCGCCAUGCCUGGUUCGCACCGAAGUAGCGAACUGACUUGGAGUUCCACCUCCCGUAUUUCCUACUCCGAACACAAAUACGCAAAAUGUUUCGUGAUCCCCCAACGCUACUUAUUCUGCCUCCUCGCCUCCCUCAUAAUGCUCAACGCUUACUCGAUCCACUCCGCCCUCGAGGUCAUCGCAGUGGAAUACUUCGACUCGGACAAAACCACCAACACCAGCGACACGUGCCCUAGCACCCCCGACACCAGGAAACAAAUCGCCAAGCGGCCGCGAAACCGCUCGCUGCUGGUCUACGACUGGAGUCUCGAGACCCGGCUCAUUAUCAAAGACUCGUUCUACUGGAGCCGCCUGUUGACUAUUAUCCCCGGCGGUUUCGUCUCGGACCAGUUGGGGGGCAAGUACGUCGUCACCCUUUCUGUGCUUUUCUCGGCGUUCUGCCACCUGAUGGCGCCCGCGGUCGUCGACCUGGGUGCGGGCAAGGUGGGGUUUGUGGUCGCGCUCCGGGUGCUGAACGGGUGCUUCCAAGGGGUUUUGCAGUCGGCGGUUCUGUCCCUGCUGGCCCGUUGGGCGCCGCCGAGCGAACGCGCCCUGAUGGCGAGUCUGGUCUACGGGAGCGCGUCUUUGGGGGAGCAGAUCGCCAUCGCCAUGCACAAGGCCUUCAUGAACUACACCUGGAGGCCGAUGUUCUACUUGUCGGCUGGGGUGCACGUCGUUUUUUGCUUCGUCUGGCACUUGCUGGUCUACCCGUCCCACAGAGACAACCCCUUCUUGACUGUGCGCGAAAAGCGGUUUUUGGACGAAGAGGCGGACGAGAGUCUGGUUGAGGGGUGGAAGAAAGUGCCAUGGGGGAGGAUUCUCAAGUCGGGCGCGUUGUGGUCGCUGGGGUUCCUCCAAGUGGGCUCGAGCUGGUCCUACCAGGUGUAUAGGAAAAUCCUGGAGUGGUAUUUGCCGAGGGUUUUGAAGUCGGGAGUGCCGUGGGAGUCGGCUUGGUGGACGCCGUUUUUCCUCUAUUUCUGGCUGACGAUUUUUUGUGGUUUUGUGGCCGAUUGGUUUGUGAAAGGAAAUCAUCUAAGUGUGACAACUGUUCGGAAAACUUUCGCUCUGAUUGGCAACUACCUUACGGCUCUGUGUCUCAUGUUUGUGACUUUUGAGGGUUGUAAUAGUGUCACAGUUAUGGUUUACACCACAGUUUGGUUGUGUCUAGACGCCACCUAUUAUGCCUCAACGCUUGUGCUUCCGUUAGAUUUGACCUCAAAUUUUGCCGGGAUUACAAUAGGGAUAAUGUGGACGGUUGAAAAUCUCGUUAUAGGUUUAUCGAGAUAUGUUGUGAAUUUACUUACCACAGAUGAUUCUUUGAGCCAAUGGACGUUCUUGUUGUGGGUCACGUGUGGCGUACAAAUUACCGGAACCACAGUUUUUCUCAUGUUCGGAGAUGCGAACAGACAGGGAUGGAAUUACAUCGAACAAUAAAUGAAUUAAACCACAA